GCAUUUCAUGGCAAUUUUCUUAUCCUUGUUGCCCUUCACAGGGAAUCUUCCCUUCAUCCACCGUCCAAACACUUGUAUCGUUGUCUGGCAGCAACUGAUCUGUUGGUUGGUCUUGUUAGCCAGCCCUUCAAUGCUAUUUAUUGGAUGCACUGUGGUUCACAAACGAUACUCAAGGGACGCAGCCUACAUAACAAGCUAUGCAUUAUGUGUAGCUCUGUGAUGACGAUGGCGGCUAUAAGCUUGGACAGACUCCUCGCCCUGUUGUUGUGGCUUUGAAGCGCACAUAUAUUUAGGUUUUAUCUGAUGCCGCUGUUUUGAGCUUCAUUUUAAAUUACAUUUGGUAUACUCACGUAACCAGGCCAUCUUACUUAUUGAUAUCAAUCACUUCGUACACAAAGAUUUUUGGCGCACUUAGUCAUCACAUAUAUUGUUUGAACUGCCUUUUGGAUUGCAGCUGCUGUUGCUGCUCUAUGUAUCAUUUUUGAUCGCCGUAUAACCUUUUUUAUGACAUUCUAAUUAUACCAUCUUGUCUGGUUUUCACUAGCCUCGUACUCAAAGAUCUUUAACACUCUCGGUCGUCAUGACGCUUGAGUACAAAAUCACGUUCAACAUCAGCAAAGCCAACUAAACGCACCGAACGCAAGUACAGUUAUUUUUUAUUGUUUGUUUUGUGCCAUAUGGUGUUAUGGAAAUCGUUACCAGCUAUAACAAAACAUAUUCAUCACAUGUAGCUAUCUUUUGGGAAAUAGCAGUUUCCAUAGUUUACUUUAACUCAACGUCAAACCCGUUGAAGUAAGAAAAACACUGAAGCAGAUAAUCAGACAAGCUCUCUGCCGUCCAUGGACUUAAAUCCCGUUUGAGUUUCAAUGGCCGUAUUGCUUUACAAAGUUACGGUUACAUUAGAUAUUCGAUUUCAUUAGCGUGCAAACUGUUGUUGGUAUGAUCUAUUUCCAUAUGAAAGACAACGAACGAUAAUCUUAAACAUCCCAAGCACAUCAUUGUUGAAGUGAAGACACUUAUCUUCGAUACAACAAAAGAUGAAUAAGGAGAAAAGCCUCUUGCACGUAUGGUCUAGAAACAAUUGCUUAAGUGAUACCAAUCCUCAAUGAACGUUAACCGAGUAAAGAGGGUUUUCUUCAUCAUACUAUUCAAAGAUGAUGGUGACGGAAGUCUUCAAGCUUGCCUCUCAAUUCUUAUUGAUACCUGAGGCAUAUGGAAAAUUCGUGGAACAAAUUUACCUUUUUUGACACCCCACACGGUGUUUUUGUGUAUUUCAGCUAGACAGGUGCUUUUAAGAACAAAAAUCUCUCGAUCGUUACAAUUACAAGUAACCGUAAGGGAAAACGUACAUCGUUUGCAGAAUGAUGGCGGCAACAAACUCAACGGAAGAUGGAACGCAGAUGAAAACAUUUGAAGAACUUGUAUGUUCCUCUUCUUCGGAGGGCGAAUUGCGACAAUACUCCUUGCGUCUGUCAGCAGUCAUCAUUUACUUUUCCCUUACAGCAUUUCUUGGGAAUGCCCUGAUUGUCGUUGCACUUCACAAGGUGGCUUCCCUCCAUCCGCCGUCCAAACUCCUGUACCGUUGUCUGGCAACGAGUGAUCUGUUGGUUGGUCUUAUAGGCCAGCCUCUCACUGCUACUCUUUGGAUGUCGGUUGUUUUCGAACAGUGGAGACUUUGUCGAUUCGCAUGGGUAGCAGCCUCCAUUUCAGGGUAUGGAUUAUCUUUUAUAUCUUUGUUGACACUGGCAGCCAUGAGCGUGGACAGACUUCUCGCCCUGUUGUUGGGGCUGAGAUAUAGACAAAUUGUAACUUUGAAGCGCACAUACAUCAUUGUCGUUGCUCUUCGGAUUGUAACCGUUGUCGCUACUCUAUGCGAGGCGUUAGGCUCUCAUAUAGCGCCCUGGUUCGGUCGAAUUGUCAUCCCAUGUUGCCUAUUAAUCUCGAUUGCUUCAUAUGCAAAGAUUUUCCGCGUUCUUAGUCAUCGUCAAGCUCAAGUACAACAUCAUGUUCAACAACAGCCGAGCCAACCAAAUGCACUGAACAUGGCGCGAUACAAAAAGGCAGUGUACAGUGCACUGUGGGUGCAGUUAGUGUUACUUGCUUGUUAUGUGCCUGUGAGUUUAGUGGGAAUUGUGAUGGCUCAUAGAAAAGGAAAUUCAUCGCAUUUAGUCGUCGCUCUUGGAAUAGCGAAUACUCUGGUUUAUUUUAACUCGACUUUAAAUCCGUUUCUUUACUGCCGGAAGAUUAGUGAAGUAAGAAGAGCAGUUAAGCAGACAAUCAGACAAGUGCUUUGCUGUCCACUGGGUUAG